GGGCGCCCAGGUUCGGGUUGCCAUGACAGCGAGGGACGCGGGGCGGACGGGCGUGGAGGGAUCCGGCCGUGCUUCCGUCUCACCCCGCCUCUACCCGUCCCGGGCCGCCAGCGGGUGCUGGUCCUACAGCCGAGGAGCCGAGUGGCUGUCCCCACGGGCGGCCCUUCCUCUUCUCGAGAGCGUGGGGGUGAUGGGGGAGGGAAUGUUUUAUCCGGCCGAGGGACUAUUUUCUACGGCGGAAGGAAACGCGUUGUGAAACAACUAACACUCCUGGGGAGGGGACGCCGCCAUGUUGCUCGUGGCUGGGCUUUGACGUGCGGCGAGGCAGUUGCUCCCACCGCAGCCACUUCUCGCCUCCCCUCAGGUCUCCCGGAGCCUCGCUGGAGCCGGUGAGGGGACUCCGGCACGGGGGUGCGGAGGCCGGUGGGAGCGCGGGGCUCCGCUGCCUGCCCUCGUCUCCCUUGGGGCCUGUGGGGCUCGCCUCAAGGCUGGGCUGGGCCCCUGCGGCCCUGAGGGGGCCCUGCCUUUCCAUCUCACCGGUGUUGCCCCCAUCGCUGCUACCGCGGUGGAGGGGCCGGGCCUGUGGGCCCUCUGGACGUUUGCCUGUUGUUUGUUGGCUUAGCCUUCACAAACUACUAGGUUCUGUUCAUAGAGGUAAUCUGUUUGCCCUAGGGGCUGGUUCUCACCUCGUGCUCUGUCCCAGUACCUGAGGGGAUCCGAGGGGACCAGGCCACCAGUAAAGACCUGUAAAAUCUGUGCUUGCAAAGGGUGACAGCCCUCUGUGCUUAGGAGAUGGUGACUUGAGCCUAUAGGCAUGGCCAGCAUAAAGGCUUUUGUCAGAAAGGUGAUUUUGAGAGGACUGAGGCAUGUGUGAGGAUACUUACAUUUUGUCACAUAAAUGAUUAAAAUUGUCUUCUCAAAGCUGCUGUUGAGACCCGUGUUUGGGCAGAGACUGAAUUUUAGCAGAUGAGUGAGUGGGGGAGAGCAUUCUGCUUUAGUGAACAGGACCCAUGAAGCAAGAGAAACCUGUCUUAAAAAAAAAAAAUACUGAUACAAACCUAUACUACUGACAGCAAAGUAGGAUGCAGGUAUAUCUGGCAAGAAAUUUUAGGCAGGGUUAUUCUCAGGUUUGAUCGGAAUAGAAUAAAUGACCUAAUAGAGAACAGCCAACCUGUUCAUGGGGUUUAGCAUUUGUGGACACAACUGUUAGAUUAAAUUCAAAUCUUGUUUUACCUGUUCAGGCUUUGGAAAUAUUUCGCUGUGUUUCUGUCUCAACACAUGAUUAAACUUUUAGUUUUAAGACCUGCAAAACAGCUGGUGUCUCAUGUAAGUGGUCCCUUCCCUUGCUAACCAUGGAGAGUUGACAUCUCAUAGUAAGAGUCCAAACAAAACAGAAAAGGAAACGAUUAAGAUGUAGUGGCAUCUUCAGUUAUUGAGAUUGAGGAAAAAAAUCUGCAGCUAGAGAUUUUACCACAUGCUGUUUCUUUAAAGGAGAUUGCUACAGCAGGCAGAUUUUCUAUGUUUGCUCUGUUUUGCCUUUCCUCUGUGAUGAGAGCAGAUAUCUCCUUUGCUUUGUGCUCAUGGAAAGGCUCUGUCUUUGUAAAAAAAAAGAUGAAGAGUGAGUCUUGGUACUAGUAACUGAAAACAGAUAGAAAGGAAGCUAGUGGGGGGUUUUCUUUGUUUUGUAAACUUACGAAAAUAGAUAUUUUUAUAGUUUCUUAUCUUAAGCUUGUCCAGGGCUUUACAACAUCCAUGUCUCAGAAAAACAAAACUGCUUUGAGUGAAAGGAAAUCUACAAACGAUGGCCUGAAGCAGGAGCCUGUGGCACCUUUGCAGACUAGUCCAACAAUGUGUAGUGUGAAUAGCUCUGAGACUCCCUGGCUACUAAGAUUUACAUGUCCGAGAGCUGUGAGAGAACACGAUCAGCAAAGGCCUUGGCAGGUAGCACCUGAUGAAAGUCGAGACAUCGUUGCUUCUGCUCAGUGCAUCUUGGACAGAGAAAAUUAUUUUGUGAGGGAGGUGGACAGAUAUUUGAGGCACAAUGAUUACUUAAAUCUGAGAAAGAAGGAGAUCCUGUACAAGAAAUGGCUUGAGGAUGUUUCAGAGCCACUGCUGCAGAAAAUUGAGGACAAAAUGGACAGCCAGUCAAAUGAAGAAAUACGGAAGAGGAAAGAACAACAACUCUCUCUCUAUUUAAACUACUGUAAAAAGAAGGGCUAUGUGGCUUUGGAAGUUUAUGACCCGUCAGAGUACGAUCCGUUCUUCCUGAAGACGUGUACAGACUGCUGGAAGGUUUCAAUACCAACAUUACAGGAUCCUCUGUUAGAAGACAUUCAAAGAAAGAUUAUUGAGACAGGCAUUAUCAAGCAGUGUGAGACAGGUAUUUUAAAACAAUUGGUAUCCCUUGGAAGUGUUUCAUCUUGGGGGACCAUCCUUGCUUGUGACAGUAGAUGCUCACAUGAAGCGCUUGUUACUUUCCUGCCAGGAAGACCAUGCUCUGCCAGAGAGCUGCACGAGCUCAGUAAAGCAGAACUGCCGCUGCUUCCUCUGAGCCGGCAGCGUAUGGAUGCAGCUGAGUGGCUGAAGAUACCACACGCCUACAUUGCUAGUGAGGUCCACCAAACGAAGAGGUUGAUUACUGGGAGGCAGCACAACAGCUACAGUGGAUGAGGCCUUUCCUUCUUGGCUGCAUAGCAAAGUAUUUGCUAAAACUUAAAUUUCAUGGUGAAUUCUGCUUAAUUGUGUAUUUCUCCUGAGAAAGGAGCAUUGGUGAAGGGAAAGCCUUCAGGUAUGGAGUAGAUAGCAGGAUGUAUUCAAGUAAAGCAUUGAUGGUCAAGCUGAGCCUUGAAAUAAAGUGGCUUUUGGUGGGGAGUUGACUGCAUUUUCUGUGUGCAGCCUGGCAGCCAGCCUUACAGGUCAAGACAUGGAAUACCUCAUGGAUGCUUUACUGGAAGAUCUGAUGUUCAUAUUUACUUUGGGUUUUGUUUUGUGGUUUGUUUGUUUGUUUGUUUGGUUUUUUAUGCUUUUAGUUUGUAGAUUUUGGGAUCAGAGGGAGGUCAUCCUUGUAUGGCUGAGGUUGGAAGGGACCUUUGGAGAUCAUCUUGUCCAACCCCUCCUGCUAAAGCAGGGCCACCUAGAGCCAGUUGCCCAGGACCAUGUCCAGGCAGCA